CACAUUGGUUCCGGUUCCUACUGUUGGCAUAUAUGUCACGGUUUCUCCUUCCGGACACGUUAUUGUUGCAUCAGCAGCCAACCAUCCAGCAGCACCAGUGGCAAUGUCGACCUCAGGAGAGCAAGCCUUUGAGUAUGGCUUCUUGCUACAGAUAAGUGAGGAAGCCGCGCUGGCAGCGGCCCUGAAUGACUACCUAACCUCACGCAGCUACCUGGCUGGGUUCAGCCCCUCCCAGGCCGACCAGAAAGCCUUUAAGCUCCUCCGCAGGCCCCCAGAUCCGCAACAUGUCCACGCUCUGCGCUGGUACAGACACAUAGCAGCCCUUCAGCAGCAGGACCUCAUCCCAGACAGCAGCAUGAAAGGAAAGCGGGUUCAGCCUCCGUGGUCUCCACCAGCAGGAACAGACGUUCCCCAACUGCGACUCUACAACAGUCUGACCAGAUCCAAGGAGCUGUUUGUUCCCCAGAAAGGGAAUAAAGUAACGUGGUACUGCUGUGGACCAACAGUAUACGAUGCUUCACACAUGGGACAUGCCAGAUCAUACAUCUCUUUUGAUAUCCUGCGAAGGAUACUGAGAGAUUACUUCAAGUAUGACGUCCUGUACUGCAUGAACAUCACAGACAUAGACGACAAAAUCAUUAAACGAGCUCGGCAGAACUAUCUCCUGGACCAGUACAAGGAGAAGAAGCCACAAGCUGCUCAAAUACUGCAGGAUGUCCUGAGUGCCAGAGGACCCUUUCAGGUCAGUUUGGCUUCGACCACAGAUCCAGACAAGAAGCAGAUGCUGGAAAGGCUGGACGCCGCCGUCACCGCCGCCCUGCAGCCCCUGCAGGCAGCGAUAGCCAGCAAAGCAGCGGAUGAAGUGAUUCAACCUCUGGCUCAGGUGCUGUUGGAGAAUUCGAAGGACUUGUUGGCUGAUUGGUUGGACAAACAGUUUGGAAGUCAAGUCACAGAGAACUCCAUCUUCUCUAUUCUCCCGAAAUACUGGGAGGGAGAAUAUCACAAAGACAUGGACGCUCUGAACGUUCUUCCUCCUGACGUCCUCACUCGAGUCAGCGAAUACGUGCCUGAGAUUGUGGACUUUGUGGAGAAGAUUGUCUCGAAUGGUUAUGGGUAUGAAUCAAACGGUUCUGUUUACUUUAACACCUCAAAGUUUGACGCCAGUCCGCAGCACUCGUACGCCAAACUGGUGCCAGAGGCAGUCGGAGAUCAGAAAGCGUUACAGGAAGGAGAAGGGGAUCUGAGCAUCUCUGCUGACAGAUUAAGUGAGAAAAAGUCCCAGAAUGACUUUGCCUUGUGGAAAGCCUCCAAACCCGGAGAGCCUUCCUGGGAGUCUCCGUGGGGGAAGGGAAGGCCCGGCUGGCAUAUUGAAUGUUCAGCCAUGGCUGGCUCCAUCUUGGGAGAGUCCAUGGACAUCCACGGCGGCGGCUUUGAUCUGCGGUUCCCCCAUCACGACAACGAGUUGGCUCAGUCUGAGGCUUUCUUUGAAAAUGAUUUCUGGGUCCGUUACUUCCUGCACACCGGACACCUGACGAUCGCAGGAUGCAAGAUGUCAAAGUCUCUAAAGAACUUCAUCACUAUUAAGGACGCCUUGGCAAAGAACACAGCUCGUCAGCUCCGUCUGGCUUUCCUGAUGCAUUCCUGGAAAGACACCCUGGACUACUCUUCCAACACGAUGGAGUCAGCCGUCCAGUACGAGAAGUUCAUGAAUGAGUUCUUCCUGAAUGUGAAAGACAUCCUGCGCGCUCCCACUGACAUCACCGGUCAGUUUGAGAAGUGGGAGGCAGCAGAGGUGGAGCUGAACAACGGUUUCUACGACAGGAAGUCUGCCGUCCACGAGGCUCUGUGUGACAACAUGGAUACUCGCACCGCCAUGGAGGAGAUGAGAGUGCUGGUCGGCCAGAGCAACACCUACAUCGCCAGCAGGAAGAGCGCCAAGCUGAGACCCAACCGCAUGCUGAUGGAGAGUAUCGCUGUGUAUCUCACCAACAUGUUGAAGAUAUUUGGUGCCAUUGAAGGAUCAGAGCCUGUUGGUUUCCCAGUGGGAGGACAAAGUCAGAACAUCGAUCUGGAGAGCACGGUGAUGCCGUACCUCACAGUGCUGUCGGACUUCAGAGAGGGAGUCCGAAGAAUCGCCAGAGAGCAGAAAGUGUUGGAGCUGCUGCAGCUCUGUGACGUCGUCCGUGAUGAUACGUUACCGGAGCUGGGCGUCCGACUGGAAGAUCAUGAAGGUCUGCCGACGGUGGUCAAACUGGUGGACAAGGAGACAUUACUGAAGGAGAAAGAGGAGAAGAAGAUGAUGGAAGAUGAGAAGAAAAGGAAGAAGGAAGAAGCCGCCAAGAAGAAACAAGAACAAGAGAUGGCUAAACUUGCAAAAAUGAAGAUCCCUCCAUGUGAGAUGUUUCGCGCAGAAACUGACAAAUAUUCCAAAUUUGAUGAAACGGGUUUCCCCACUCAUGACGCCGAAGGGAAGGAGAUCAGCAAAGGUCAAGCCAAGAAGCUGCGAAAACUCUACGAGACCCAAGAAAAAUUACACAACGAGUAUCUGGAGAUGAACCAGAACGGCAACUGAUUAUGUGUGUUUACUAAAAAAAACGAUCCCAAGAACCCGCCUCUGCAGAAUACCAACAGAAUAAAUGUUAAAGGCCAGUUUGUCUCCUGUAUAUCUGUUUCUGGUCAGAAAAACUAUACGGUAAAAAAAUUGGACAAAAACAUAACCAAAAUCCUUUUAACUAAUUCUGUUUGUAUCUCAUCGUCUCUCCGCAACAGCAGCAAGACAGUAAAUGAAAUGAGGUUUUAAUGAUGUGACAGCGCAGCUCCAACUGACUGCAAAUGUUUUAUACACUGAUGGUGUUUCUACUGGAACUCUGUAGCACUGCCAGUCAUUUAAAGGAUUAAAUACAUUUUUUUUUUACUGUAUGAUUUAACAUAUUAACCAUAAAAAAUUAAAAGACAACAUACAGAUGGGUGACAACUUAAAUGAAAAACAUAAAAUGUCUUAAUAAGGUGUUUUUCCACCAUGUCAUAGAUAAAAAAAAAACACCAUUUUUACAAAAAUAUUCCUUUAUUUUGUGUUUUUUGAUGGUGGUGGAGCUUUCACUGUCACCAUUUUCAUAUUUGGAAAAAAGCAUUUCUCCAAACAUUUAUUCAGGUUUUUCCUUUAAUAUGUCACCUUGUCCGUAUCUACAUUUCUAGAUCAGAAUUGGCUGAACUUUUUAAAUAAAAAUCAGUGUUGGACCAA